CCAAACAUCAUCAUCAUGCUUAUGGAUGAUAUGGGCUGGGGUGAUUUGGGAGCAUUUGAGGAACCCUCCAAGGAAACUCCAGACUUAGAUCUGAUGGCUGCUCAGGGGAUGCUGUUUCCAAACUUCUACACUGCCAACCCGCUGUGUUCCCCCUCCAGGGCCGCUUUGCUUACUGGAAGACUUCCUGUGCGAAAUGGAUUCUACACCACCAAUGCUCAUGCUAGGAAUGCAUACACACCUCAGGAGAUAGUGGGGGGAAUAUCUCAGGAUGAGAUCCUGCUUCCACAACUGCUGAAGAAGAAAGACUAUGUCAGCAAGAUCAUCGGCAAGUGGCACCUUGGGCACAGAACUCAAUACUUACCUCUGAAGCAUGGCUUUGACGAAUGGUUUGGUUCACCCAACUGCCAUUUUGGCCCCUACAAUAACAGCGUCUGUCCCAAUAUACCUGUCUACAACAACUCCGAAAUGAAGGGAAGGUAUUACGAAGAGUUUGAGAUUAAUGUGAAAACAGGGGAAUCCAACCUCACCCAAAUCUAUUUGAAGGAAGGCUUGGACUUUAUCUCUCAGCAAGCUGUGGCCCAGCGGCCCUUCUUUCUCUACUGGGCGCCAGAUGCAACCCACGCGCCUGUCUAUGCCUCAAAACGCUUUCUGGGAAAGAGCCAGAGGGGGCGGUAUACACUGUGUGAUUUGUCUUGUAUUUAUGGUGAUGCAAUGAUGGAACUGGAUGACAGCAUCAGUCAGAUUCUGGCUCACCUGGUCAGUCUGGGAAUCCACAACAACACACUGGUGUUUUUCACAUCGGAUAAUGGGGCAGCAGUGAUGUCUGGACAGCUUCAAAGCGGCAGCAAUGGACCAUUCCUCUGUGGGAAGGAGACUACGUUUGAAGGCGGCAUGAGGGAACCAGCCAUUGCCUGGUGGCCUGGACGGAUCCCUGCUGGCACCGUGAGUUAUCAAUUGGGCAGUGUGAUGGAUCUCUUCAGCACAAGUCUUUCUGUGGCUGGCAUUCAUCCCCCUGAUGACCGUGUCAUUGAUGGUCUCGAUUUAAGUCCUGUCCUCUUCAACAACUCACUGCUAGACAGACCCAUCUUCUAUUAUCGUGGCAACCAGAUGAUGGCAGUGCGGAUCGGGCAGUACAAGGCACACUAUUGGACUUGGAGCAACUCAUGGGAGGAAUUCAACAAGGGUAUAAACUUCUGUCCUGGCAAGGAGGUUCCUGGUGUGACCACACACACGCAAGAGGAACACACCAUGCAACCACUCAUCUUCCAUCUGGAACAGGACCCUGGGGAGAGAUACCCAAUCAGUGUCGAGUCUAAGGAGUACCGGAAUGUUCUUAGAUGGGUAACCGCAGUAGUGGAGCAGCAUCAGACAGAUUUGAUCCCUGGAAUGACGCAGCUCAACAUGUGUGACCUGGCUGUCAUGAACUGGAGUCCUCCUGGCUGUGAGCAGUUGGGCAAAUGUCUUAAACCCCCAGAGUCAAAUCCAUGGAAAUGUGACUGGCCACAUUAA